AUGGCCUCCAAACGCAAACCCACCCACCUCACCCUCACCAGCGACGACCUCUCCCACCCCCCAUUACCCCCCAAAGCGCCCUUCCACCUCGAUCUCCCCUCCCCGCGAACCGGCGAGCGAGCCCCCGCCCUCUCCCCCCUCGAUGCCAUCGCCGCCCAGUCCCGCCAGCUGCAGCUGCGCUUUCAAAUGCCCACGGAAGACGGCCGGCGCAUUAGCAGAUUACCCGCUACAGACGUUGCGAGGGAGUUCGCCAGUCGGCCGGAUUAUUUUCGUGGAUUGAUGACGCCUGGGGAGCAGGGGGAAUUGGGGGAUGUGCCGGAGGAGACGAGUCCCACGGGGAAUACGAACACGGGGAAUGUGGUGCAAGGAGGCAAGGCGCAGGAUAGGCCGAUGAGCCAUUAUCCCAUGUUCGGCAAUGCGGGACGGGAGAGCAGGGAGGAGAGUCGCAUGUCGCAGGUCAGCGAGGUGUCGGUUGAGGAGGAAGAGGAGACGGGUGCUACGCCGUUUUUUAACGCGCAGGCUACGCCUUUCUACGAUGCGCAGGAGCAGGUUCCUAAAGCGCAGCAGACGCAGGGGUACUUCAACCUGGGUGCUCCGCGCGCCAUGAGUCCGGAGCCCGUGGAUCGGAGGAUGGUCAAUGUGCAGGCGGCGACGCCGACGCAUAUACCUAGCCUGACGAGCAGUGUGGAUUCGAUCCAGUCGGCGCCGCAGGCGAGGACGCUGACGAACGGAUCGACGAGGAGUCAGCGGAGUUUGGCGCCGCCGAAGAGCCCGGCGUACCCGAAGAGUCCGAGGAGUAUGCAGAGUAUACGCUCUGUGCCGCCGGAUAGUGGGGAUGAGGAGGGCUCGACGAACAGCUCGUAUCCUGUUUCUUCGUCGCGGAAGUUCUCGGGGAGCAGUGGGAUGUCGAGACCGCAGUCGCCGUUUUCGCCGUACAUGCCGCCGUUGCCGCGGUCGCCUAGCAUGUCGUCGGAGUUUUCUGCGACAGGAUCGCAGCGGAGGAUGAACUUCUCGCGCCCGCUGAGCAGUAGUAGUAUGCGGCCGCAGCCGGAGCAUAGGCCGUCAUACGACAGCCGGUCCUCUUUUGAGACGCAGCGGUCGGUCGAGAUGCCGCUGAGGCAGAUGUCGGGGAGCACGCAGCCUUCUUCUGGUGUGCCUUCGAGGCAGGCUUCAGGGGAUGAUGCGGAGGAUGGACGGCAGACUCCUCAGAUUCCGGGGGCGUUUAUUGAUGAGAACGGGGAUGAGAGGCCGACUACUUCGUAUACGUAUGCGAAGUUUACGCUGCCGCGGGGGAAGAAGGUGGAGAGGUCUUCAAGAGGGACGAGGGAGUCAUGGAUCCAGAAGCAGUUUACCUGGGACGAUGCUGCUACGCCGCCGGCAGAGGAACCAGCGCAGAUGGAGCAAUCACCUCGCGACACAACGCCUGUCAAGCACUUCGCUCCUCCUCCCCCGGCAGAGCUUACACCACCCAUCUCCGAGCCCUCACCCUCACCCUCAUCCGAAAUCCUAGAACCGCCACCCACACUCGCCCGCCCACCCCUCCGCCCCUCCACCCAAGCCGGCUCCGAACGCACCCUCCCCUCCCACCAAGAACGCCUCGUCCGCACCCGCGCAACGUCAAGCGCGACACGCUCCCGCUCCGCCGAACCACGCACUCUACCCAAAGCCACCGCCGUACACAAAUCCACCCCCUCCGUCCGCACCGCCAACACCGACUCCACCGAUCGCACCAUCCGUCCCGGGGGCGUCUCGACACACACCCGCACCCCCUCCUCCUCCGAAAUGACCGCCGAAGAACACCUCGAGAUAGGAAUCCAAACUCACAGUGCAGGCGAACUCAGCAAAUCCACCUACCAUCUCCGCAUCGCCGCGCGCGAGGGCAGUCCGACGGGCAUGCUGCUCUACGCCCUCGCGUGCCGCCACGGCUGGGGCAUGCGGCCGAACCAGGCGGAAGGCGUGCGCUGGCUGCGCGCCGCCAUUUCCUCUUCGGGGUUGCAGGUCGCGGACCUCGAAUCCUCGUCUACCCCGUUGUUGCCCGGCCUCGACGUGCUGGAGAAGAAGACGCGCAAAGCGCAGUUCGCGCUCGCCAUCUACGAGUUGGGGAUAAGUUAUAUGAACGGCUGGGGCUGCGACAAAGACAGGCCUUUGGCGGUGCAGUGUUACGAAGUCGCGGGCAGCUGGGGGGAUGUCGAUGCCUUGGCAGAGGCGGGUUUUUGUCAUGCGAAAGGGAUCGGGGUCCGGAAGGAUUUGAGCAAGGCCGCCGGGCUUUAUCGGCGGGCGGCGGAGGGGGGGAUGGGGAUGGCGGGGAAUUCGUGGAUCUACAAACAAAAAUACAUGCCCUCCCCCGCGGACGACAAGGACGCCGGACAGAAGGUUAAAAAGGACGUUGAUGCUUCACUAUCCUCUAUCGCAUCGUCGAUUGCGAAGGACGGAGGCGGGAAGAAAGAAGACAAGGAGAAGGAGAAGGAGAAGGACAAGACCCCCGGCCGGGCGCGGGCAAGGUCGCUUUGGGGCAGGAGUCGGAAAUGA